AUGGAGUUGGCGGUAGGCGCCUCGGAGGCCACCAUCAAGUCCCUGCUGACCAAGCUCGGGAGCCUUCUGGCGGAGCAGUACGCCUUGGCCCGCGGCGUCCGCAGCGACAUCCAGUUCAUCAACGACGAGCUCGCGAGCAUGCAGGCCUUCCUCAGCAACCUCGGCAACAGCACCGGCAACCACGACGACCAGACCAAGGACUGGAUGAAGCAGGUCCGCGACGUCUCCUACGACAUUGAGGACUGCGUCGACGACUUCACCAACGGCCUCCGCCCGGAUCCCCACCCUGACGACUGGCUUUCCAAGGCCCGCGGGUUCCUCUACGAGAUCUGGACCUUACGCAGCCGGAGCAGCAUCGCCGCCCAGAUCGCCGAUCUCAAGCAGCGGGCGCAGCAUGUGGGUGACCGCCGCGUCAGGUAUGGCGUCCGCGACCCGAAUCCUGGCACCGGGAAAAAUGGUUUGGGUGGAUAUACCAUUGCUGAGCACCAGGAGAUAACCCGUCGGCUUAUCGGCAUCAAGGAGCCAGUUGGGGUGGACAUAGCGAAGCUUGAGGAGUGGAUUAGACCUUCGGAGAAGAAGCAGCUGGGUGUCCUAUCCAUAUAUGGAUUCGGCGGCGUGGGAAAAACCACCGCCGCCAUGGCACUGUACCGGAGUUGCGGGGUUCAUUUCGAGUGCCGGGCAAUGGUCACCGUGUCUCAUCACACUGACCCUGAUGUAGUCCUCUGCGACAUACUGAGGCAAGUCAAGAUGCAGGUCAAGGAUCAGCAAGACCAGAAUAGCACCGUAAGCAUCUCGGAGGAGAAGAAUCGAGGAGCAGUAGCUCCCCUCCAGAUGCUCAGCAGGUUGAGCCAAAUCCUGAUGUGUUGGGCCAAUCAAGACAAGGAUGGUAAAGCCUCCGACAAGGAGCACAGAGCCAUAACAGAGGAUCUCCAGAAACACCUCGGGAAAAAUAGCAGGUACUUACUGUUAAUUGACGAUGUCUGGUCAUCAUCUAUGUGGCAGACAAUCUUGAACUGUUUGCCAAGAAAAGAGCAAGGUAGCAGAAUAAUUGUGACCACCCGAUUUGAAGCUGUUGCGAAGACUUCACCCGUGGACCAUUAUUAUUUCCAUCAGAUGAGUAAUUUAUCUGAUGAACAUUCCGAGGACUUAUUUAACAGAAGUUUGUCCGAGUGCAGGGAUGCUCAAAGCAGUAAGACAAGCCAGAGCGAUCAAGUUCCACCCAGAGUCUCGAAGAUGUGUGGUGGCCUGCCAUUACCCAUAGUUACCAUGGCUGGUCUUGUGGCAUCCAACAAGGACACGAAGCCAGAGGAAUGGAGUGACGUUUGCAAGACCUUGUUUCCAGAACAACAAGUAUGCCAAAAACCAGAGGAAUUUAUGAGGAUAAUCAAUUACUGCUACAAUGUUUUGCCUAGUGACCUCAAGAUUUGCUCCCUGUAUUUUGGCAUCUUCCCAAAGGGUCGCAAGAUCAGCAAAAAGCGGCUAAUGAGGAGAUGGAUAUCGGAAGGUCUUGUCAGCGAGAAGCAAGGGUUGAGUGUGGAAGACGUUGCAGAGACGUGUUUUAAUCAACUUAUUAAAAGGCAGAUAAUACGGCCUGUAGAGAACAGCACCGAUGGCAAGGUGAAGAGCUGUCAAGUCCAUGACAUGGUCCUUGAGUACAUUAUAUCCAAGGCAGCCGAAGAGAAUUUCGUCACUGUGGUUGGUGGCCAGUGGUCCGUACCAACCCGUAGCAACAAAGUCCGCAGGAUGUCCCUGCACAGCAGUGACUCCAAACAUGCGAGGAAAGCAUAUGCAAUGAACUUGUCUCAUGUCCGAUCACUGACUGUGUUUGGGAGCCUAGAGCAACAGCGGUUUAAAUCAUUCAAGACUGGAAUAGUGCAAGUACUAGACCUCGAAGGUUGCAGUGGUUUUAAGGCGAAUCAUGCCAGUGUCUCGGACAUCUGCAAAAUGACUCUUCUCAAGUUCCUGAGCCUCCGAGGAACAGACAUCAGCGAACUACCACCGAACAUUGGGGGUCUCAAGUAUUUGGAAACACUGGACAUAAGGCAGACGGGAGUUGAAGAGCUGCCUAAAACUGUAGUUCAGCUGGAACGAAUCAGCAAUAUACUUGGAGGAGAUAAGAGAACACGGAAAGCCUUGAAGUUGCCUAAAGAGAUCAAGAAGGGAGCAAUGAAAACCCUGCGCGUACUGUCUGGGAUCGAGAUCACCGAGGGAUCGACUGCUGUAUCAAACCUUCAUGAAUUAACUGGGCUUAAGAAGUUGGCCAUUUACAAGCUUCACAAGUCUGGCCAUGAUGAGUUGCUCUCCUCUAUCCAGUACCUCGGCGGUUAUUCUCUUAAAACUCUUGUGAUUGAUGAUGGGUCAUCUGAGUUCCAUGAUAAACUGGGCGAAAUGUCGACACCUCCACUAUACCUGAAUGCUCUAGAGCUGUCCGGCAAGUUGUGCAACUUCCCAAAAUGGAUCACUAAACUCGGGGACAUUGUCAAGUUAACCCUUUCAGCAACACUUCUCAAGCCAAAAUAUCUGGAAAAGCUUAGGGGCUUGAAGACAUUAUUUUCUCUCACCUUUUCAGUAUGUGAAACAAAACACGAUCCUGAUAUUGCAGCCAUUCUUUAUAAGAACAAAUCUGAUUAUGGCGGCGAGAUCUUUUUUCCACCCGGAGGGUUUGCUAAUCUCAAGCUGUUUCGCAUCGUCACACCCACUCUUCCAUCACUUAACUUCUCAGGAGGGGCGAUGCCGGGGCUCGAAAGGCUUGAACUGCGUUUUAAAAGGUUGGAAGGUCUUCAUGGCGUGGACAAACUUAAACUUCUCCACGACUUGAUCUUGACAGUUGAUGGAGAAGCAGAUAACACAACCAAGUCGGUACUAAAUGAUCUGAAAGCAGCAAAAGGGAACUGCGUCCUAAACAUUAAGGAAUAG